AUGGAGGAUAUAGAUUCACUCCAACAAGAUUACAUCCCUGAUCACCUGAGCAGUGACAAUGACUCAUCAGAUGAUGAAUUCAAAGGGAGAUACAAGGACUUUGUCCUAGAGAAAUUCCUCAGGGAUCCCAAAUUCGAGAUUGGGAUGAAGUUUGAGUCAAGAGCACAAUUCAAAUCUGCUGUGACUGAGUAUGGGAUUAGGAUGGGUAAACCUGUUUGGACCAGUAAAAAUGAGCCCACCAGGGUGAGGGCCAAGUGUAGGGAACCAUGUAAAUGGUUUGUAUUUGCUUCAAUAGAAAAGGCUUUGGCACAAAGGACUUGGUAUGUAGAGAGGAUAAGAUCAAAUAACAAUCUGCCAACAAGAAAGUUAAGGCAAACAGUCCAUAAAGACUACCAGGCAGAAAUAUCUAAGCAUGUUGCAGCUAAGGCGAAGACACUAGCUAUAGAGAAGAUCAAGGGGUCAGCUGAGUCACAAUACAAGAAAAUAUGGCAAUAUUGUGAAGAAAUUAAAAGGACUCAUUCUGGCUGUACAAUGGAGGUUAUGUUCACUCCAUUUAGAGAACCUGGAUGUAAUCCAAGGUUCAUGAGGAUGUACUGCUGCCUUGGCCCACUGAAGAAAGGCUUUAAAGAUGGGUGCAAACCUAUUUUGUGUUUGGAUGGAUGUCAUAUUAAAGGUAGAUACUCAGGCCAGCUGUUGACAGCCAUUGCAGUGGACCCCAACAACGGCUUUUGGCCAGUUGGACUAGACAGAGCACUCGCAGAGGUUCUACCAAAUUCUGAACACAGGUACUGUGUUCAACACAUGUAUAGGAAUUUCAAGAAGAAACAUCCAGGAUUAGGUUUAAAGGAUCGAUUGUGGCAUAUAGCAAGCACCACAACAGUUGAACAUUUCAACCAAGCCUUGGAUGACCUUAAAACCUAUGACAAAGAAGCACAUGCAUGGGUGAAGAAGGGACCACACCCUCGACAUUGGUGUAAGGCCUUUUUUUCCAAACAUACACAGUGUGAUAUGUUGGUUAAUAACCUGUGUGAAUCAUUUAAUGCCCAUAUUUUAAAGGCUAGGGACCAGCCUAUUAUUUCUAUGAUGGAGGCUAUUAGGGAAUACCUGAUGGAAAAGAUCCAAAAGAGAAGGGCAGCAAUGAAAAAAUACAAGUUAAAUGGUGGACCACUCAUUAGAGAAAUUGUGGAAGAAAGGGUCAAACGUGCAGUACAAUGGAAAAUAACAUGGAAUUCAAGCUCAGGUAAUCAAGCAAAAGGGCCACGGAGAGCCCAAUUUGCUGUUGACCUUGACAAAAAUGAGUGCACCUGCAAUUUGUGGGCCUUGAGUGGCAUUCCAUGUUCCCAUGCAAUUGCUGCUCUACAUAGAGCUAAAAAGGAUCCCCACAAAAUGUUGGCUAACUGCUAUCAUAGGGAGGUAUUUUUUAACAUCUAUGAUAAUGUGUUGCAGCCUAUUAAUGGAGAUAUCCAGUGGCCACAGUCAGACAUGCUGGAGUUGGACCCACCAGCAAGUGUCACUCAACCUGGCAGGCCAAAGAAAGUUAGAAAGAGAGAUGUUACAGAAGGAAAAGAUCAUGGCAAAAGGUUGCGAAAGAGGGUUGUAAUCCACUGUAGAAAGUGUGGAGGGAUUGGACAUAAUGCUAAAACUUGCAAGAAUCCUCCUAAGUCAUCUACUGAACAACAACCUUCUCAACAACCAGCACCUACUGGACAACCAUGUAAUCAGCGACAGCACGAAGCACCAACAAAAAAACAACGUGUAAGCAAGAAUCAGGGACAAAGAAAUCAGCAAAAAACUCAGCAGCAGCCAACACAUCAACCUCAGUCCCAGCCUUCUCAGCAGCACCAACACAUCAACCUCAGUCCUCAGCAAUCCACCUCAAGACCACCAGUUCAUAGGCACAAGAGAAGUACAUCAAAAAGGCCACUGACAGAAGCAGACAAAGGUUUUAUUAAUCUCAACUAUGCUUAUUUGGGUAAAGAUCCACCUUUCAAUGUUGGAAACUGGCAGGGAAGAGGUGGAGAAAGAGGAAGAGGCAGGGGAAGGGGAAGAGGAAAGGGUCCAUCUGGAACAAGUUCUUGA